CUGCGGACCCUGCGAGCCUCGAUCCUGGAGGAGGCCUUCCCCUCGUCAGCCCGCCACGGCCCACAGCGAGGCCUCCCGCCCAAGAAGCUGCUGGAGUACCUGGUACCGGGGCUCAACACACAGUGUCUGCGCUUGGCCUCCAGUUCGCCCAAAGUGCCCGAGAUGCUACUCAAACUGGACGAGCAAGGGCUGACCUUCCAGCGCAAGGUGGGGGUGAUGUACUGCAAGGCCGGGCAGAGCACCGAGGAGGAGAUGUACAAUAACGAGAUCGCCGGGCCUGCCUUCGAAGAGUUCCUCGACCUCCUUGGUCAACGAGUCAAACUGAAGGGCUUCGAGAAGUAUCGAGCUCAACUGGAUAACAAGACGGAUUCCACCGGCAUACACUCGUUGUACACCACGUACCAGGAAUACGAGAUCAUGUUCCACGUCUCCACUAUGCUUCCAUAUACCGCCAACAACAGCCAGCAGCUUCUCCGUAAACGCCACAUCGGUAACGAUAUCGUGACAAUAGUCUUCCAGGAGCCCGGAGCUGGCCCCUUCACGCCAAAGACCAUCCGCUCCCACUUCCAGCACGUCUUCCUAGUUGUACAAGUGCACGACCCUUGCACCGAGCAGGUAUCCUACAGCGUUGCCGUCACCUGCUCCAUGGACAUCCCCGAGUUCGGGCCCUUCUUCCCGAAGGAGGCGGCCUUCCCCGGAUCACCGACCCUCCGGGAGUUCCUGCUGGCCAAGGUGGUGAACGGGGAAAACGCGGCGGAGAAGUCGGAGAAGUUCCACGCCAUGGCCACCCGCACGCGGCAGGAAUACCUGAAGGAGCUGGCCGACAACCACGUGACAACAGCCACCGUCGACUCCUCCUCCUCCUCCUCCAAGCUGGCCGCCAUCAUCUCCCUGCCUACCAAGAGGAAGGAACGGCCCCGGGGAGGCCGGGCCCCCGAGCUGCACAGUGCCGGCGCGCUGGCGUGGCCCGUGGCGGCCGACUGGACGGAGGCGCCCGGGGGAGAGGCAGACGCAGUACUGGGCAUCUCCAACGAGUUUGUGGUGGUGCUGGACCCCAGGCGGCAGAGGGUGGUGUUGAACUGCUCGUGCCGGGACGUGAUCGGGUGGACCCUCAGCCGGGGCAAGCGCGUGGUCAUUUACUACGAGCAGGGAGAGUUCGUCGACGUCACCACCCUGGAGAACCAGCCGGACGACUUCACCGAGAUCGUUCACCGGCUGGAGAUGGUGACGACGGGCUGCGUGACUGAAGACCUCGUUCUCCGCAGGAACAGCGUCCGCCACCUGGGCUUCCAGGUCAACGGCGACGGCAUCGUGACGCAGGUGGAGGAGAACGGCUACGCUCAGAUGACGGGACUGAAGCUGUUCAGCCGGCUGGUGCGGAUCUGCGAGAUCCCCAUGGUGACCAUGUCCUACUCCAAGAGGACAGAGAUCCUGCGGAAGGUCGACCACGUCCGGAUAACCAUCGUCCCCCCCGACAGCAAGGGCAAGCCCAGAAUGAGUUUCUCUGAGCUCUACAGAAAGUCGAUCGAGGAGACUGAGCGGAAGUGUGACCGGAUGGCAGACCUGGGGCUGGCCGCCCCCUGUUUGUUACUGUCGAGGAUGUCCUCGCUCCAGGAGACCAGGAGCUCCAGUCCACACGGGCAGCAGAGUCCCACCGUGCGUAGUUGCUCGCUGGAGAUGAGAGUGGCUCAGGGCCAAAGGAACGAGAGAGAUCCCUGCUCCAGGCCCCUCAAGACCUCGGCUCCUGACCUGAUUUUGGCCAUAAACUCCCAGUGCCCAAUGUCUCCCGGACGGCUGGAGUUCGAUGCUAAGGACGGCGGCCAGGUCAGUAACUCACCAAACGUGGGGACGGAGUUCUCGCCCUGCGACCUACAGGGCGAUUUUCUACCCCUGAUCUAGGACAGUUUUCAAAGUAGCUCGAGUUAAAAUUUGGAAUUCGAUCGGUGUGUGCUGGAUUUUUUUUUGUCCCCUUCUCCCCCCACCACCCCCCCCCCCCCCCACCACCCCCACCCCCUGCUUCAAGGACCACUACUAACCUCUUGAAGGGCAAUAGAUCAUUUUUCAUUAUAAUUGCAACUCCUGCAAAGGAAAGCAAAACAAAACAAAAAAAUCCUGAGACUGCUGGUCGGGUGGAAUAUUCGUGUGUCAUUUCUCUGGCUGCUCGACCUAACGCGGGGGGACUUUCUGAAGAGGACUGCUGCUGUGGGACCUAGACAUUUACACCAAGCUCCCACGCCUAAGGGUGCCGAGAUCAUUACGACAGAAUUACCAAUGGUACAAAACCUGGUGCUACUCGCUCUCUCUGCUCCUGCCUAGGGACUUGAACUGAGUGGAUGCUACAAUCUGCAUCACAGGAGCCGACAAAAUAGAACUGCUUCAUUCAAAA